CGCGCUCAAGUAUGAUUGACAAACACGAUUUUCUGACUGUCGCUCCUGUGUCCCAAACUUCACAUCAAAUUGCAAGUCAUCAUGCCACUUCUAGGUCUCACAUCGCGCUCCCCUCUUUUGCGCAACAUCGGAGCUGGGUUUGGUAUCUUCCAACUCACGCUCGGACUUGGUGGCAUCUUUCUGCCUGAGGCGAUGAUCCAGCAAGUGUGGGGAUUUCAGCUCUCUGCCGUACCCAAACAAACACAGAUUCUCAUUGAAGCUAUAAUGCAACUCUAUGGCACAAGAAACGUCGCACUUGGACUCAUGAUCUUAGCUGUUAGGAAGUUUUCCGACAGUAGAACACUGGGCUGGGUUCUCAUGGCCGAGAUUCUUGUCGCAACCAGUGAUGGCUUUGUCCAGGAGAGAGUUACUGGUGGGGGCGGAUGGCAGCAUUGGAUGUUCGUUCCUAUGGCAGUCGGCAUCUGUAUGCCUCUGCUAGGUUACUUCGAUUGAUCGCCAGUUCACUCUGACGGUCUGACUAAGCGUGAUCCUUCUUGCCGUUGACAUAGCUGCACAUCUUUACUAAAGGAGGAGGAGAAUAUAUUGUUGUGUGAAAUGAUGAUUGGGUUUCACUGGCUGUUCAGCCUUGUCGCUUCAUAGUUCCAGAAGAAUGCGGGCAUGGCAUGACAUACCCGAGCUUGGCUUCUAGCAUAUAUAAGCUCAAGUCAAACCUUCUGUUUUCUUCAAUUGUAUACACCGUACCGAAACAAUAUGCCUUCAUUCUCCG